AUGGAAUUUCCUUCUUCUUUCACUGGUACUGAAAGAGCAUUUGUUCACCGUCUCUGUCAGUCUCUUGGGCUGAUAUCUAAAAGUAAAGGAAAAGGAGCAAAUCGAUACCUGACUGUAAGGAAGAAGGAUGGGUCAGAACUAACACACGCCGUAAUGACUUGUUGCUUGGCUCCCCGUACGAAACAUGCUGUUUGGAGUUUAAUUCAGAGAUUUCCUGUCACAAUUAAAGAACGAACAGAACUUCUGCCAAAGACGGAGCGAGGAAAUGCAUGUGCUGUUGAAUCUGAAAACAGAGAAGUAAACAAGGCAAGUGGACGACUAAACAACGGUAUCCCCCAGGUUCCAGUGAAAAGAGGGGAAUCGGAGUUUGAUUCCUUCAGGCAAUCACUACCAGUUUUUGAAAAACAGGAGGAAAUAGUCAAGAUAAUAAAGGACAAUAAAGUUGUUUUGAUUGUAGGAGAGACUGGAUCAGGAAAAACUACUCAAAUCCCUCAGUUCCUUCUUGACGACUGUUACAAAAAUGGAGCUCCCUGUCGUAUAUUUUGCACUCAGCCAAGACGUUUGGCAGCUGUUGCGGUGGCUGAAAGAGUGGCAGCAGAAAGAAGAGAAAAGAUUGGCCAGACAAUUGGUUAUCAGAUCCGAUUAGAAAGCAGGGUUUCUCCAAAGACACUCUUAACGUUCUGCACUAACGGCAUACUACUUCGCACGCUAAUGGCAGGAGACAGCACUCUAUCAACUGUGACCCAUGUUAUUGUGGAUGAAGUACAUGAGAGGGAUAGGUUCAGUGACUUCUUGUUAACAAAACUGAGAGAUGUGUUGCAAAAGCAGACUAAUUUAAAGCUAAUUAUUUCUAGUGCUGCAUUAGAUGCAGAUCUCUUUAUUAGGUAUUUUGGAAGUUGCCCGGUAAUACACAUACAAGGAAGACCUUUUGAAGUUAAAGAGAUGUUUUUGGAGGACAUUUUACGAAGCACUGGGUAUACAAACAAAGAGAUGAUAAAGUACAAAAAGGAGAAGCAGCGAGAGGAAGAGCAGCAAAGCACUCUUACUGAGUGGUGUUCUGCUCGAGAAAAUAAUAGCAAACGGGAACCUCAGAGACAAAGAUCUGUCCCAAGUGCAACUGAAGAGUGUAAUCUGUUGGAUGAUGGUGGUGACACAGCAUUUAAUCAACUGACUGAAAAAGAUGCGAAUUGCCUUGAACCGUGGCUAAUAAAAGAAAUGGAUUCUUGUCUUUCUAACAUCUGGUUGCAUAAAGAUAUUGAUUCCUUUGCUCAGGUGUUCCAUUUCAUUUUAACUGAAAAUGUCAGUGUUGAUUAUAGGCACAGUGAAACGAGCGUGACUGCACUAAUGAUCGCUUCAGGGAGAGGCUUUCUGAGUCAAGUAGAACAACUGAUCAGUAUGGGAGCAAAUAUCCACUGCAAAUCAUCCAAUGGCUGGAUGGCUUUGGACUGGGCUAAGCACUUUGGACAGACAGAGGUUGUUGACCUGUUGGAGUCCUACAGUGCUUCAGUGGCAUUUGGAAAUCUGGAUGAAAGUUCCCUGGUCCAAACAAGUGGUAGUGACCUUAGUGCAGAGGACAGAGAACUGUUGAAAGCUUAUCAUCACAGUGUUGAUGAUGAAAAAGUGGAUCUGGACCUGAUUAUGCACUUACUUUAUAACAUCUGUCAUAGUUGUGAUGCUGGAGCAAUUUUAAUAUUUCUUCCUGGAUAUGAUGAGAUUGUUAGCCUGAGGGACCGUAUUCUUUUUGAUGACAAGAGAUUUGCUGAUAAUGCUCACAGAUACCAAGUUUUCAUACUUCAUUCGAAUAUGCAGACGUUGGAUCAGAAGAAGGUGCUUAAAAGUCCACCUUCUGGCAUCCGCAAAAUAAUCCUUUCUACUAGUAUUGCAGAAACCAGCCUAACAGUCAAUGAUGUUGUAUUUGUUAUUGACUCGGGCAAGAUGAAAGAGAAGUCUUUUGAUGCACUGAGUUGUGUUACAAUGCUAAAAAUCGUGUGGAUUUCAAAAGCCAGCGCUAUCCAGAGAAAAGGCAGGGCUGGGCGCUGUCAGCCUGGAGUCUGUUUUCGUCUCUUCAGCAGGCUCCGGUUUGAGAAUAUGUUGGAAUUCCAAACUCCGGAACUUCUAAGGAUGCCACUUCAGGAGCUUUGUUUACACACAAAACUUCUGGCUCCAAUUAAUUGUCCCAUUGUUGACUUUCUGAUGAAAGCUCCUGAUCCUCCACCAGCUUUAAUUGUGAGAAAUGCUGUGCAAAUGCUUAAGACAAUAGAUGCCAUGGACCACUGGGAAGAUCUCACUGAGCUUGGUUAUCAUCUCACUGAGUUACCAGUAGAGCCACACCUUGGUAAAAUGGUGUUGUGUGCGGCUGUUUUGAAGUGCCUGGAUCCUAUUCUUACUAUUGCUUGCACUCUUGCAUAUCGAGACCCUUUUGUCCUACCUACGCUGGCCUCUCAAAAGCGUGCAGCCAUGCUGUGUAGAAAACGUUUUACUGCAGGAACAUUUAGUGACCAUAUGGCGCUUCUCAGGGCUUUCCAGGCAUGGCAGAAGGCGCGCAGUGAUGGCUGGGAGAGAGCCUUCUGUGAAAAGAACUUCCUGUCUCAAGCCACGAUGGAAAUCAUCGUAGGAAUGAGAUCACAGUUGCUUGGCCAGCUUAGAGCCUCAGGUUUUGUUAGAGCCAGAGGAGGAGCUGAUAUUAGAGAUGUUAAUACUAACUCUGAAAACUGGGCUAUUCCCCCAGCAAAUGGCCAAGCCGCAGCAGUUCAGGCACUCCCUACGGACUGGGUUAUAUAUGAUGAAAUGACAAGAGCUCACAGGAUAGCAAAUAUCAGAUGCUGUUCUGUUGUAACACCUGUCACUGUGUCACUCUUCUGUGGACCAGCUAGACUACCAAGCAAUGCUUUGCAGGAACCUUCAUCCUUUCGAGGGGAUGGGGUAUCUAGUGAUAAUAGUGACAGUGAGAUGGAGGACGAAGCAACUGCUAAUUUGGCACUGCUGAAGCUAGAUGAAUGGCUCCAUCUCAGACUGGACCCUGAAGCUGCUUGUUUGCUGUUGCAACUCAGACAGAAGUGGCAUAGCUUAUUUCUGCGUCGUAUGCGAGCUCCUUCUAAACCAUGGUCUCAAGUUGAUGAAACAACUCUAAGAGCAAUUAUAGCUGUUUUAAGUACUGAAGAACAGUCUGCAGGCUUGCAGCAGCCCUCAGGAAUUGGUCAGAGACCAAGACCAAUGACUUCUGAAGAACUUCCUUUAGCAUCUACAUGGAGGUCAACCAACAGUAGAAAAAGCUCAGCAGAAACUGAAUUCUCUGAUGACUCUUCUAAUGCUGAAAAAGUUUUAAUGAAAUCUACGCCUCCUGCACUUCACCAGUCGAAGAAGUACAAAGAAAAAAACAUUUUGCACUCCGAACGAACUUCAGAUGACAGAUCAGAUCAAUCAUCGGUGAAGUCUACAGACAGCAGUAGCUAUCCUAGCCCCUGUGCUAGUUCUUCUCCAAUAUCUGGAAAGGGUUCCAAAUCUCCUUCACCAAGGCCAAAUAUGCCAGUUCGAUACUUUAUCGUGAAAAGUAACAACUUGCACAACAUUGAUAUUUCUCAACAGAAGGGUAUAUGGUCUACUACACCAAGUAAUGAACAAAAACUAAAUAGAGCCUUUUGGGAGAGCAGGACGGUUUACUUAAUAUUUUCUGUUCAAGGGUCUGGGCACUUCCAGGGUUUUGCUAGAAUGGCUUCAGAGAUUGGGUGUGAGAAAAGUCAAGACUGGGGAUCUGCUGGUCUCGGAGGCGUAUUUAAGGUGGAGUGGAUCCGGAAAGAAAACAUUCCUUUUCAGUUUGCCCACCAUUUACUCAACCCUUGGAAUAACAAUAAGAAGGUACAAAUAAGCAGAGAUGGCCAGGAGCUGGAACCACAAGUUGGAGAGCAGUUGCUACAGCUUUGGGACCAUAUUCUUGUGGGAGGAAAAAACUCAACUGAUUGA